CCUAGCUAGUGCUUAACAAGAAUACAACAACUUUGCUAGUCACACGCAGUUCUGUUGCAGGCCGUGCGCUUAUUCCUACAUAGCUGUUUUGCUUAGCAGGACACAACGCUUGACAAAGCCAGUCUAUUUUAGGCGUAUGAUAAUUAUGUUAACUAUUUGCUAACCCAGAUAUUUGACUAAGGGCUCUCUAUACCGGUAACCAGCACUUCUUCGAGGAUCUUCGUUGUUGCCGUCCCCGUCAAGGGGCACAUCCUAGAGCAACCAUGGCGACUCGUGGUAUUGCGCAGCUGAAGGCCCAGUACAACCGUGUCCGCACGAGUACGGCCCUGCAAGGAAACUCUAUGUGGAACAAUGUCAUCGGCAUUGAGAAUGAGCAGAAGGGAACGAACUCAGCCAUCGAGGCGACCCUCCGUGCACCUUCCUAUGGCGGAGGAUACAAGGCCCAGCGCAUGGAGCGUGCACAGCAGCUGAUUGAAGCAUCCGGCUACCAGCCCAAAGCCACCGACCUACAGGGCCUGCUGGCGCUGGCCAAGUCUCAGGGAGCCACCGGCAACGCAACCCGCGGCGCUUGCAAGAUCUGCGGCGGCCUCGGCCACCUGACGAAGAAGUGCAAGAACGGCGUGUCGGGGCACACGGGGGACAUUGGCGACCUGGAUGCCGCAGUAGCAGCUGCCAGCAUGCGCGCGCUGCUGCCCGACCCAGAUGAGGUCUCCUCGCUGGGCUCCUCGGACCUGGAGGGCAGCAGCAGCGACUCGGACCUCAGCGGCGGGGGCGGGGACUCGGACGGCGGCCGCAAGCGCAAGCGCAGCAGCAGCAGCAAGAAGUCGAAGAAGGAGUCGUCGAAGAAGCGCAAGAAGAGCAAGCGCGCUAAGAAGGAGGGCAAGGAAGGGAAGAAAGAGAAGGAGGCUAAGAAGGAGAAGAGCCGUGAUAAGGAUCGGGAGGGCGGAAAGCACAGCAAGAAGAAGAAGGAGAAGAAGCGGAGGUCGGAGGAGCGGGAUGCCAGCAGUGAUGACAGCGGCAGCAGCAGCGGCUCGGACAGCGACAGCGAGCAGGAGGAGCGGAGACGGCGGGACAAGCACGCACGGCGAGAGCGGGGGGCUGCGGACGAGGAUGGCGAACGGUACCGGGAAGGACGUGAGCGGGAUCGGGAGUACGAGCGAGGGAGGGAGCGGGACCAGCAUCCGUCAGAGCAGCAGCACCGGCCUGAUCGUGAGCGGGAGCAGGAGGGACGCGAGCGUGGGGUACGGGAGAGGGAUGACGACCGUCGCCGUGAGG